GUGUGUGGUGAGUGCAGCUGAUUUGAGGAGGAGGCAAUGGUUUUAUGAAUUAGGUUGGAUAAGGGGAGAUCAAUAUAAAAGCAGAAUCCUCACAGAAUGAACAGGAGUCUGGCUGCCAGGGUAAUCAGCUUGUCCAGAGACAUGAUGUUUGCUCCUGUGUUAGUGGCUGGUAUUCUAGGCCUUCUUGUUGGAACGGCUGUACCUAUGUGCCUCCUGACAGAAUACACUCUCUAUGUUGAGAAGCAAGAGUGUGACUACUGUGUGGCCAUCAACACAACAAUAUGCAUGGGCUUCUGUUUUUCGAGGGACAGUAACAUGAAAGAAUUGUUGGGACCUCGCUUUCUAAUCCAGAGGAGCUGUACCUAUCAGAAUGUGGAGUAUCGUACAGCAGUUUUGCCUGGCUGUGCCCCUCAUGCUGAUUCUCACUUCACCUACCCAAUCGCUCACAGCUGCCAUUGUAGCAUGUGUAACACACGCAGUGAUGAGUGCGCCCACAAAACCAGAUUCAGUGCAGCCAAGUGCUCCAAACCAGUCCGACAUUUGUAUCCCUAUCCUGGGCAAAAUGACUACAUCUAAUUCAGCUUCAGUGAUACUUUUGAUAACAACUAUAUUUCAGAGUCAGAUUGGGGACUUGAAGACUUUGUUUUGACCUGAUCUGUACAUAUAAUAAAACUACAAAUGUAAUAAAAACAUGUCUGCAGCCAA